AUGAAGGGCCUCUCGGAGCGACUCGCUACGGUGCGCGGAGCUAACCAUGCUCUGUACGCGGACGAUAUCACCGUGUGGUGCAUGGGAGGGUCCGACGCCGGGGUAGAGCAGGCCCUUCAAGAGGCACUAGACAUCACAGAGAACUUUCUAGUCGGUUCAGGCCUGAGCCUGUCAUCGGCCAAGUCUGAGUUAUUACUAUACAGACCCACCCGACAAGGGCUGAGGAACCUCACUUCUUUAGAACAGAUUCCCAUAGCUUUACACAGACGGGCUGGGCAGAAAAUACCCAGGGUGGACUCCAUCAGGGUCCUCGGACUCCUGCUAGAGUCCAAGGGGGGCAACUCACGGACUAUAGCCCGCAUCACCUCAAAGACGGAGAACAUGCUUAGGCUCAUACUCAGGGUUUCGAACCGCAGGGACUCGCGUUCCGCAGCUAGGGCUUUCGCCUCUGGCUCGAUCUCGCGUGAGGCAGCGGCCAUCCUCGGCUGUGAGGGAGCUGUCGGGUUUCACACCAUAACAUGGUUCCCGGCCCACAUGGGGGCCAACGUACAUCCCAAUGUCCCCAACGCCAAUGAGUUUGCCCAUGACCGUGCGCGAGGAAAGUCUCUUCCAGUGGAGGAAGCAGUUGAGCUUCCUCCGCGUACAAAAAUUAGACUGUUGCAGGCCGAGAACCCACAUCUGCCGCUCGAGCGCCGUUAG